GUUACCGAAGGGGAACGUGGGGGGCGCACUGCGUAUAUGAGGAAGAACGGAACAAGGAAUCUCACCUUGAGUUGUACUGAAUUUCUGGGUUUGCAUUCGGAGAAAGUUUCUUUACACACUAUCCCUCCGAUUUCCCUCCUCUCCCUUGUCGCCCUCUGCCUUCUUGUUGCUCUCUGCUCCACCGCGCCACGCUGCUCCUUGUCGUUCCGGCCACCAUUCGCCGCAGAGCACCUCGAUCAUCCCUUGACAGCGGCAUCUUGCUAUCCAAUCCAAUCAACCACCGCACGGAGAUUGGCUACAGUUGGUACUUAGUACUUGCAUGAAUUAUGGUUUUUAUUACUAGCUGUGCUAGGCACAAGCCUACUGUACAUUACGACAAUGGCUGUGUAUGUUGUGAGGUCUGUGGAAAAGUUCUCCAUCAAGAUGUGUUCACUGAAGAACCUACUUUUGUCAAGGGUGCAGGAGGAGAGAGUCGAGUGGCAGGUUCCUAUGUAAGAUCCAUUCAAAGUGGUUAUUCAGAAUCAUUUAGGAGGACCAUAGAUAAAGGGAGAGAUGAGAUAGAUCGUAUGGUUACAGCCUUUAAUAUAAGUGGUGGCGACUCUAUAAUUAAUCCCGCCUGUUCAUUUUAUCAGAUAGCAGUUGAACGGAAUUUUACUAGGGGGCGUAGAACAGAGCAAGUUGCUGCUGCCUGCCUUUAUAUUGCAUGUCGUGUAGCUAGAGAUCCAAAGCCAUUUCUUCUUAUUGAUUUUUCAGAGUUUCUAGGGAUAAAUGUUUAUGUGCUAGGCGCUGUAUUUUUGCAGCUUUGCCAACUUCUAAGCCUUGGAGAGCAUCCUACUAUUGUAAAACCUGUUGAUCCUUCACUUUAUAUUCCUCGAUUUGCAGAAAAACUAUUAAAGGAAAGGAACAUGAAGGUCUGUGGAACUGCAUUACACAUUAUAGCAAGCAUGAAAAGAGAUUGGAUUCAGACAGGCAGAAAACCUAGUGGGCUGUGUGGUGCAGCAUUAUAUAUAUCUGCCCUAUCACAUGGGUACAGAUUUUCAAAGUCUGACAUUGUAAAAAUUGUACAUAUUUGUGAGGUAACGCUGACAAAACGAUUGAUGGAAUUUGAGAAUACAGAUUCAGGGAGCUUAACGGUUGAGGAGUUGAUUAAGAAUGCUUCAGAGGUUAAGGCAUGCGAGCUAUCAGAGGAUAGGUCCCUCAAGUCUGGGGAAGUGCUGUGUGAGCAUAAAAAUAGUGGGAAACCUCAUUUUGCCCAUGGACUUUGCAGAAGUUGUUACGAAGAUUUUGUUGAACUUUCUGGGGGACUGCAUGGUGGGUCAGAACCUCCUGCAUUUCAGCGGGCUGAAAGGGAGAGAAUAGCCAUGGAAUCUGCUAAUAAGCAGGGGGACGAAUCAAGUGUUUUCUUAAAGCCUUGGCAAGGGUCAGAAAACAUUGAACAGCUUGAAAGAAGCCAAAAGGCAACCAAGAAUGAGCAAUUGGAUUUGAGAGAGAAUGAUAGUAAUUCUGCUGCCAUUGAAGAUCAGAUUGAAAUAGAUGGUGUUUCUGAUGCAUGCCAGAAAUCCAUGGAUACAAGUUUGGUCAGUGAUGAUGAAUCAGAUGGCCUUUCUGAUAUUGAUGAUGUUGAGGUGAGUGGCUACCUCAACAAUGAGGAGGAGAUGCGUUUUAAGAAGAUUAUCUGGGAGGAAAUGAACAAAGAGUAUCUUCAGGAACAAGCAGCAGCUGCUGCUGCUAAGAUGGAAAGUCAGGCCAGCUUUCAGAACUCUUCUGGUGAAUUGCGAGCCGCACAUGAACUAGCUGCAGCAGCUGCGGCAGCUGUUGCAAAGUCAAGAAAGGAGCGGAAACGAAAACAAGAUAUGAAUGCCAAUCCUGCUCAAACCGCUGCAGAAGCAGCUCAUCAAAUGCUGAUCAAGAAGAGACUCAGUUCAAAAAUCAACUACGAUGUAUUGGAGACACUCUUUGCAGAAAAGCCAUCUUCUGAUUCGAAUAAAAAACUCAAAGCAUCAAAUGAUGAUGGCGAUGCCAAAGGGCAAAGUAAUGGUGAGAAAGAGCAUGACGGGGAUAUCACAGACAAUUAUGAUGAACCGGGACAAGGGUAUGGAAACUUGGAACAGGAAGAUGUCAACGGAACAUAUGGCAAUGAAUUGCAUGUGGACUUCGAAAAUGAAGAGGAUGUUUAUGGUUAUAACUACGAUAAUGGUGAAGAGGAAUAUUGAUGCAAUGAGAUGCAACUCUCCCAAGGCUGAUUUGAUUUCACAACAUCAGUGGGUAAGGAAUUAGGAAGGAAACAUAAAUUACAUUUAAAGAUUCUUCUAUUUUUCCCCUUCUAAGGCAUGGGUCAUUAUGUUGAGGGUAUUUUAAUAAAAUAAGUAGUAGAAUAGUUAUACGAGAUUUUAUAGAAGUAUCCUCAAUUUAAAAGUAUAGUUGCAGAAAUGUCGUGUAUGUAUCAUUACUCUUCUAAGAACGGUAACUCGUUCGGAACAUUACAAACAAGAUAGAGAUGUUUGUCAUCA